AGAAAAUGGGGCUGCACUUGGGGGCUGAAGAGCCAGGGGUCCAACAGCAACAUGAAGAAGGGAAUGCAGGGUGGACCAAGGGAUCCAAGCUGGCAGCACUCUUCGAGCAUCCUCUUUACAACAUCCCAGUCCCAGAGGUGACAGAGAAAGACAAGCUGUUUAUCAUCAACCCCAUGGAGAAGUUCAGCCUGCACAGCAGCAGGAGUGAUGAAUGGGUCAGCAGCAGUAAAGCCGAGACGCUCCUCCCGACAGGGAAGACAGCCUAUGACACCUACCCCACCUGGCUCAAAUUCCACAUCGGCAUCAACCGCUAUGAGCUGUACCCCCGACGGGACCCCUUGUUGCCCACGCUUCUCCGGGAUCUGGCCACGCAAAGGAUCGUCAGUUCAGUCCAGAAGUCUGGUGGGACCCAGCUCAAGCUCAUCAUGAUGUUCCCAAACUAUGGGCAGGCCCUCUUCAAGCCCAUGAAGCAGACCCGGGACCAGGAGACCCCCAUUGAUUUCUUCUACUUCUCAGACUUUGAGCGGCACAAUGCAGAGAUUGCAGCCUUCCACCUGGACAGGAUCCUGGAUUUCCGGCGAAUCCCCCCAGUUUCUGGCCGUUUGGUUAACAUAACAAAGGAAAUUCGGGAUAUCACGACAGACAAGAAACUGGCCAAGACUUUCUUCAUCUCCCCAGCGGGAAAUGUCUGCUUCUAUGGGGAGUGCUCCUACUACUGCUCCACCGAGCAUGCCCUCUGUGGCAAACCGGACCAGCUGGAGGGCUCCAUGGCUGCCCUGCUCCCUGACAAGACCCUGGCCAAGCGCCGCUCCUGGCGCAGCCCCUGGCGCCGCUCCUACCACAAGAGCAAGAAGGCUGAGUGGGAGCUGAAUCCCAACUACUGCGCUCAGGUGCGAGAGACACCGCCCUAUGACAGGGGCCAUCGCCUCCUCGACCUCAUCGACAUGACGAUCCUGGAUUUCCUCAUGGGCAACAUGGACCGGCACCACUACGAGACCUUUGAGAAAUUUGGGAAUGACACUUUCCUGCUCCACCUGGACAAUGGUCGCGGCUUCGGCACACACUCACGUGAUGAACCAUCCAUCCUGGCCCCUCUCCAGCAAUGCUGCAGCAUCAAGAAGUCAACUUACCUGCGUCUGCAGCUGCUGGCCACCCAGCCCUACCGCCUGAGUGACGUGCUGCGGGAGGCGCUGGCUGCAGAUCCACUGGCCCCUGUCCUGGCUGAGCCCCACCUGUGGGCACUGGACCGGCGCCUGGGGAAGGUGCUGGUGGCGGUGGGACACUGCCUGGCCAGGGCAGCCCGCCAGGAAGAGGUGCUGGUGGAUGAUGUGGGGUCAUGGGUGUGAUGGGGGGCUGG